UAUCCAAAAGGCUGCCAGCCCUCACGAAGGGAAACGCUGCAGCUUUGUAUUCAGCCUACCUUCGCUCUACCAUAAUGUACAUCCUUGUAGCGCCAUCGUUAUCCCUGUCAUCGUCAAAUGAAACAUCACAAUAUUCCUACAUUAAUAAUAGCACAAAAAUCGGCCCGUUGUCUACUACUGCUGUUGAUGGCGCUGUCGAUGAUGAUGACGACAAUGCUCCUGAGCUGCAGGCACUUCUCUCUUGCCUGCUUCUUGUUCCUAGCCUGUGUCCUGUGUCAGCGUCUCGCUCUCCCUUUUUGUUUCCUGAUACCACGACGCUAGCCCUGUCAGGGAGUCUGUCCCGCUGCUGCUACCGCUGGCCUAACUUAGGCCAGCCCUGGAGCGAGGCCGGGAAGCAAUAUUCGCAGUACAUAGCUCGACUCGUUUCUUCAGUCGUCAGGCGAUCAGGCGGUAGCGCCAGAAGCAGGCGACUCUUUGGUUUGCAGGCAGGUCUCCGGCAUCGUUGCACACUCUUCAUCUUACCAGUUAUCCUCUACAGAGCACUCCUUCCUGCAGUCUCCGUACAUAUCUAAGCCAACGUAGGGUACCACCCCCAUCGCACCCCUGAACGCGACGGGGGUCUAGAGAGGAAAGCAGCGCUUGAGAGAUUCACCGACAGGCCGUUGAGUUAGCGUACAGCUGAGCUAGUGGCCAGCCAGCCGGGUUUCUUCUCCAUUCUACCAUGCUGUACCGCUGCUGCGGUGGACAAAUAUUUUCAGCCAACAACAAAGUAUCUCGUGGGAGGAGCCUGGGCGGCAGAGGCUCCGCCCCGCACGGUAGCCGAGGGAGGUGCUAGAGCGCAUACACUCGACCGUGCUGAGAAGAACGCGAUUCAAUCGGAGACCGAUCUCGGCACGAAUCGGAUGCAUUGGUUACUCGGCGAUAGCUACGAGACGAGUUGGCCAAGACGACGACGACGAUCGUUACUACCAUUGGUGUUAACGAAGAGUGUGUGAUGGUGGCUCCAAGAACGGGAACAACCCAAGCACGAACAAAACGAACGUGUGAACUCUAAGUAUAAAGUUAACACAAAAAUUAAAAAUAAGUCGCUACAACAAGGACGACGGACAGACAAACGCAGUGGUGCUCCAAAUCGGUUAUCAGUGUUACUUUCUUCAAGAAGGUUACCUUGAAUUAGAUUAUCUGAGUCAGCGGGAGUGAACGGGACAAGCUUGAACGUACGUAACAGCUAUUGGCUUUAUAACACAAUAUUUUGUCAACGUGAAGUCUACAGCAAACAGGUGUCGAUACAGGGACAGUAGCAGCUGUAAUUAUCAUGGACACAAAGCCCGAAAUGCCAACGCUCCCGCUUAACGCUAAUCAGUUGCUAACUUUUGCCCAAAAACUUAACCAAGGACAGUUCGGUGCUGGAAUCGAUAUGGAAAGUCAUAAAUAUGAUGACGAUUCGUCCGAUGACGAACUGCCCAUUCAGGUAACAGACGAAGAGGAGGAACUCGCUAUGUCUAAGGAUGGCCAUAUUGCUGACGGCCAAAAAGGUAACAAAUCGCAUCUCGUCAAGCCCCCCUAUUCAUACAUUGCUCUGAUCACAAUGGCAAUCCUGCAGUCGCCCGGACGCAAGCUGACACUUAGCGGCAUCUGCGAUUUUAUCAAGAACCGCUUUCCGUACUACAGGGAAAAAUACCCGAUGUGGCAAAACUCGAUUCGACAUAACCUGUCACUCAACGACUGCUUCAUGAAGAUUCCCCGUGAGCCGGGAAAUCCUGGCAAAGGCAACUACUGGACACUAGAUCCAGCCAGUGAGGAUAUGUUUGAUAAUGGCAGCUUCCUGCGGAGACGUAAACGCUACAAACGCCAGCAGCCGGAUCAGCAGGCAUUGCUUGUGCGGGAACAGAUGUUUCUUGACGCCCUUCGACAGCAUCAUCCGUUCGGGCCACCAGCACCGAACGGCUUGCCAGCCCAGCUGCAGAUGCAGCUUCAGCAACAGAUCUCCUCAGCGUACCCGUUACUGCCUCCAUUAUUUCCGCAGGUGCCUCUCCUGCCUCCACUGCCGAUCAACGUGAAGAUGUCGCCGCCCUCGGCCCCGGUCUCCCCUUCAGCAACGCCUUCGUCGCCACCAUUGAAACCUUCAGCCAACUUCUCAAUUGACGCACUUAUCGGUGGUGACUCGCGUUCCAGUCGGUCACCUACAUCGUUACCUUCGCAACUUCCCGCCCUAUCCUCGUUAGCACUUCCCUUACCGCUAAGCUGGAUCCGAUGAAUGCCUCGCACCAAACAGAUCAAUGGCGACUAGGUGACUGCGUGAAGUUCUCGUCUCUGAAAAAAUGGGGUGUAGUACGAUAUCAUUUUCUACUUUUGGACUAAGUCAUGUGCUACUGACCCUUGGCCGAACGAGUAUCUGUGCGCCAUUGUCAUCGAACGUUGUAAAAUUAGGGACAGUGGUAAGGUACAAGAAAAGCCACAUCCUUGUCCUUCCUGGGGCACUGCUGUACGGCUCCGCAAAUUGACGCGGAGAAUGCGACGCCGCGAAACAGAAUGUAAAUAGAGGAUUGAACAAUGAUGAAAUUUAGUUCGUUAAGGCUCUUCGAAUUGAUGUAGCUACCGACCCCGAUGUCCAUACCUAACCAAUAACGCACCAUUUUUAUUAUUGUGCCAAAGAUCAGACCUGAAAAAUCUGAUUCCGAGCGACCAUUCUGAGCGGCUGCGGUCGUCCACAUCGCUCUCGUAGCACUUCAUGACUUCAGUAUCUGUAUACGGCGACGUCAGUAAACGAUUCGUUUUAUUGGGAAGCUAAUGAUAAUGAUGCGCAGAGCCAGUCUGGGUACAGAAAGCCCGCAGUGAAUAUGUAUUCUGAUAGUAGUAUAUGUAUUUUCACUGUGUUCCUUGUGAUAGCUGUUGGGAUUGAUCUCUUAGUAUUAUAAUUAUUAUUGAGAAACAUUAGUCCUAGUGCUAUUUCAAUUUCACAAAGAAAAAAAAUGUCACACAAAAUAAUUUGUACAUAUAUAUAGAUAGUAGAUAAGUAUGAAAUGGACCGCGUAUACAUGAGUAAUAUGUGGACAGCGAAACAGAUGCUGAACUACACAAUAGGACGCUAGCGGCUAACUGUUGUAUAGAAACAAACAUGUAUAUAAAUUUAAUCGCUUCUAUAUAGAAGUAUAUAUAAAUACAUAAAUUGAUAAUUAUAAUGAUAAAUAUGGUAAUGAUGGCCAGUACCGGUUGUCAUUUGGGAUGUCCAACUAAAUAUAUAGCAGCGAGGUAAAGAAAAUAUAUAAAGACAGAUAGACUUAUACGACAAGACGAUAUCCCAAUGUGUGUAAAAUAACUUAUGUACUAUAGCAACAAAAUACGAUCAACGGAAGAAGGUGGCGGAGAACGGAAGAUACGAAACUGAGAAGUUGACUAAACUCAAACAAAGUUAGUAACGAAGAGAGUAAGUUAAUGAUAAUAGAACGGAUAAAACCAAAAUCGACCAAUUCGAACAAUUCAUUACCAAUGAUGACUAGAAUAUAACUAAAAACAGUGGUAAUAAAUCGC